ACUAUGACCACAGACAAGGCAAAGCAAUAUUCUUCAUUUGUCAUUUUGACAACUUAAUUGUCAUUUACCAAAUCUAAGAUGGCGGCUGAUGAAAGUGACAGUGAUCUAAAACGAUCGAGUGUUGCGAUCAUCAGAGAAGUUUAUGACAGCGAAAAUGCACAUAUUAAAUUUGAAAUGGAACUGGAAAGAGCAUUGGAGGCUGGUGUGAGCGUUAUCGUAAUAGAACCAGAACCUCUGGGAGAAGAAACAGCUCGUUGGAUCUUCAUAGGAAAUGUCCUACACCAGGCUUCCGUUUACAGUGGACUUAUCAGUUUGGCUGCAGGAGUAACUUGCAACUCAUUAGUCUGUGCACCAUUUGGUGUGGUCUCCGUCCUGUGUGCUGGUUGCUACACCGUGUCGUGGCAGUGGGACCCGUGCUGCAAGUACCAGGAAGAAAAGAACCGGCGCCAUUUAUCUACACUGCCAAUACUAAGUGAACUGACAUCUGCCUCCCCUGUUGUUCUCGUACGCACAGAAAAUAAACGUAAGAUCCUAUUGCACAGCACAGUAUCCAUAGCUGCUGUAGCAUUGUGUCUAUGGAAAGUAUAUAAAAUCUUCAAAUGAAACUUCUCUGUUCAAGAUUUAAUACAGCCCAAUACUGACAACUACUAAUUAUUUAACAUUAUUCUCCAAUGAAGAUGUCUUCAAGUUGUUGAUGAGUUGUUCCUUGUUGUGUAACUUAGUAUGUUCCAAGUUGGUUGUUAGAACCAGUUUGCUGUUUUGCUCAGUCAGUAUUGGAUAUAAAGCCAAAUAACAUGAAAUGCUUUUAUAUUAGGGACAUGUGGAAUACUUUGAAGUCCAAAGUAGAGCUUAGAUACAAAUGAUGCAUUGAGUUUGCUUCUAAAUUCUGUGAUUUGUAGGAAGAAAAAGAAUGUUGUGUAAAAAUGAUAGUUGUUAUUCAAAGUAGAGAUAGAGCCUGUACAAAGAUAUUUUCUGUAUGAUUAAGAAAUGCUUUUAGUUAAUCAAGUAUGAUAGUAAUUUGUUAAAAGAUUCUGUUAUAUAACUAUGCUAGCUGUGAUAGCUGAUUACAUUUUGUGUUUGUAAUCCGGUAAUCACUUUUAACAUACAAAUAAAAUAUUUUAAUUAAAAUAUAAAA